AUGAACAAUCGGCCGGUGGAACAGGCAUUGAGCACAUUGGUGCCGACUCAUGCCAACGAUCUCCCACAAGAACUACUCAGCUAUGCAAUGUCACUAGUGGCACAGUCCCGGAGCUUCUCCAGCAGUCUGAAGCCGGAAGAGGAAAUUGCUCGACCAUAUGCCUGCGCGGAAAUCGCUUGCAAAAGGUUGACCCGAACUCUGAAACUUCCUCCGCUGCUCGGGCAUCCGCCAUGUCCUCCGCGCAUAUACAAAAAGCUUUAUUCAUACCUCGACCGAUCUCUGGCAGCAAGCUCGGCUGGUCACAAACGCUCAGCAAGCGGAUCGGUUCCCGGAACACCCUCACGCGCCGGCUCAGCGCAGACCACACCGACGAAGGGCGCGGCAGCCAGGAACACCCCUUCCAAGGCAGCACCAACACUACGAGGACUACAAAAUACACCUUCGAAAUCCACACCCUUGAAACGAAGUAUGAGCACGGCAAACCGGCUCGAAAGUCCCUCGAAAUCGGCAAGAAAGGCUACAGUCCCCCGAAUGAAGGAUAUCACCGGGUCAACUAUCAUUCCAGAUGCCCCGGCUUGGGUAAUGACGGCCAUUCGGACUGUAUGCAAGAUUCUCUCGACCCCUGCCCCACGCACAAAUACUUGGUCCAGGCCUCCAAUUUCGAGGACCCUGCCUCCGCAUAUCUUCUCUGGCGUGUCGUCCGUCCUCUAUCUUACGUCGAGCAUGUCCAACGACGAACCGGGAUGGGACCGCGAGAGCUUGGAUUUCCUGGAGCCUAUUGUGUCUAUCAAUGGCUCUGAUAAGGACGAUGAUUUCAAAGAACUGGUCUACGCUAUGGCUGUGGCUGUAUACUUCCUUGUGCUUGCCCGUCGGCGUAACCCCGGGCCCGAUGCAGAGGCCGAUAUCGAAGCGCAGAAGAUGGACAAGAAGACUUUUAUUGAAAUGCGUCAGACGGCAUUGAACAGCCUUGGCCUAAAGGCCAAUGACCGGAGGCAUCGCGAUGACGUUGAUCAAUGGAUCACUCUUAUCAUGGAGCAAGGGUGGGCCAACGGCCAGGAAUGGUUCGAGAAUAUCCCCUAUGCUGGACAGCUCUAUGGUGAAGAUGAGGAAGGCAGGUCCUACCAAGACCUGGAUGAAGAAGAUGCGACACUUAGGGGUGUUAGGCCGCCUAAACGUUCAGCGGCUGGCAGUGGGGCUCGUGUCUCAGAGUCAGAUCAGGCUCCGCGGGGCGGUCUUUUGCCUGGCCUGGGGACAAUGAUGCAAGAUCGAGUUGACUGGCUGAGUGAUGAUCGUCAAGAGGAUUAUGUGAAUUGGAAAGCGGACAUCAUGGCUCGCAUUGAAGGUGCAGCUGCUUGA